UGUAUCACUUCUCUGCUUUUGUGAGUUGUGACCAUUAAAUCAUCAUAAGAGCAGAUAAAGAAGAUGUCUAAGGUCAGCACCCUUUGCAUGAUAGCACUCCUCCUCUUCUUCACGCUAACAUGCUCCGCUGCCCGGCCAGAGCCAGCACUUCACCAUGUUCCUCUGAUGAACACCCAACAUGGGGUUGGUGAAUCGGAGAAGGUUGAGUUGGAGGAGGAUUGUGGAGGAAUUGGAGAAGAAGAGUGUUUGAUGAGAAGAACACUAGCUGCACACAUUGAUUAUAUCUACACUCAGAAGCAGAAGCCAUGAAAACCAUAUAUAUAUAGAGAGAGAGAGAUAUAUAUAUCUUUUUAUGGCUCAUACACAUACAUAUAUAUACUAUAUGUUUAAUGUAUCAAAUUUUCUAUGCAGUCAGUCUUAUAGCUGCCACAUGUCAGUUCUUUUGUAGGGUAGAUAUAAAGUUCAGAGAUUUAUCUCUUUGUUCCAUUGUAUCCUAUUGUUCCAUUCCUAUUUCUUUGUCAUUGGGUA